AUGGACAUCAGCAGGGCAGACUUUUUCGAUGGCGUGCCCUCCUCCAAAGACAACGAGUCGGCGACUAUAACCACCACUCUCACCGCGUCUUCGCUUAGUAUACCGCACGCGCAGACACAACUCAACAACGACAGUAUCACCAACACGACAGCAACGCGUUCACCCCACCUCCCAUCACCUUCACCAGAGCUUGUGCAGGCGCAGGCUUGGACCCAGGGUCGCGCCAUCGAGCAGCAACUCAUCAGCAACAACGGCAGCAAGAAGGCUAUAAAAGAAAGGCCACCCUAUUUUCCAUCGCCUUCAUCAGAGUAUGCACACGGUCAAGCACGAACUGCUGGACAUCUUUACCGGCAGCAGGAGCCAGCCAACAGCCUGAACAACAAUAGCAACAACACAGCAGCUGGACACUCCACAGCACAUGCGUUCCUCAACUACAACACACCCCUCCUCUAUACCAGAAACGGAGUUGGUGCUGCCCAGCCACCCCUGGGUCUCGAACUCGGCACCUCCCAGCCGUCGUCUAAUCUCGGUGACGAUCCCGGAGCUUUUCAGCCAGUAUAUGGAUAUGAUGGCGGUGUUAUGGCCUCGUCUGCUCGUUUCGAAUACGGCGAAACGAUCUCACCCUCAGACCACAGAACGGUCCAGAGCACGAAGCAGUCGAAUGCCGACCAGGUUGCGACCUGCUUGACGAAUGAGGAGUUUGUGCGAAUCCUCCUCACACCAGACCCAGAGUUGACCAAGGCGGUACAAUCCAUAGGCAAAACAGACGUCGCACCGCGCAACUUUACCACCACGGCUAAAGGCACAACUUCCGUGCAGGGCAAGACGAUCGAACAAAGAAAUUCGAUGAGCCCCGCUUUCAUCUUGACCCAUCCUCCACAAGGCAGCGUUACCUCGGCGCCUGCCCCUGCUACUGUUUCUCGCCGACGCAUUCAGUUUGAUUCGAACCCUCCUCGCAUCAUAUCUCUUGACCAAGACCGUGUGAAGGGACCGCCCAAGCUUCCAGAAGAGGUUCCGGAGAGGUUCGGUACCGCACUUAGACGCGCUACCCAGGAAUAUCUGGAUGACAGCGAGCUAUGGCGAGAGCUCGAAAAGGGUAAGCGUGUAUCACUUAACGCCCAGCUCCAUGCAGUUUUCCCCAUAGUCACACACGACGAGAAGAUGUCCAACAGCCGUCCAGUUGACCAACAGACAACUGAAGAGCGCGUCAACAAGAAGUACGCCAUCGACAACGUCGAGACAGAAGAAUGCUCGACCGACGAGCCCGCAACCAAGAAGACUCGUGUUACUGAGGGUACAACCGCUGGAUCCUCUUCCAGCAUCUCCACCGGAGAGCACUUAGUCAUGCAAGAUGGAGCCAUAGAGUAUUCUACAAUGGGGAAUGCGACCCUCGAUGAUUCAAUCAUCUACUACACAACCAUCGAGCACAGCACCAACAUCAAAAGGCACGCAGUCGACGAAACGACCGAUGACCACAACACUUUCGAUCAUCAGGUUAAGACGCGCCGAACAGAGGAUCACUUGACAACUCAAUCCUCGCCCAACAAUAACGCAACAACCGAUCGCCAGGCCCAAGAGAACUCUGUCAGCAGCAACAACAGUACAGCCAUCACCACCACGAGCGGCUUCGCCACCAACAACCUGCCGAUCAUCGAAACAGUGACCAGCGAGGAUCUUGCCACAUAUUCACACAGGCACCCUGAAUUUGAUGACAUGAUUAUGGACAACGAAUUUGGAAAGGCGAUGCGAAAAGCUCGCUGGGAACUUUGCUACCCAAUGGUGGACGCUCAGAUGUGGCAAGAGGAUGAGAUGGCCCAGGAGGACCCUAUCCACUCAAACCUGUGA